UUCUUAUGUUUAUUUUUGUGCUCCCUAUAUAAUGGCUGUGAUCUUGAUCACAUGUGGGAUUGAACAGGUUUGGCAAUUGGUAUAAGAGGAAUAGUUUUUUAAAGAUUUUGAGCCAAUUCCGCAUUGCAAUGGGGUCUGAGAAACCUAGAUUCACAUCAGAUUUCCAUGGAAGACCUCCCUUUCCCUUUUCUCCUCCUCCAAUUUCUUCUGCAACUCCUGCUUCAUCAGAGCAUCCGCUGAAUCGAGCUCCUCCUCCUCCAAGCUUUAAUGGCAUCCCUCCGCAAAACCCACAAUUUGUUUCUCCAGAUUCAGUCCUCAAUCGACCUCCAAUCAUGGCUCCUCCUCCAAUUCCCACUUCCUCUGCAACUGUUUCGCAGCAUUCUUUUUAUGGAAAUCCUCAACCGGGGGUAUUUGGACAAAGCCUCAAUCGACCUCCUCCUGUUGCUCCCCCUCCUCUUAUUACACCAUCUUCUACGGGUUCAGAGCCUUCUUUCCAUGGAAAAGCUCCACCACCGAGCUUUAAUGGGCCUUCUCAACAGAACCCUUGGUUUGUUUCUCCAGAUUCAGGGCCCAAUCGACCUCCUUUCCCGGGUCGACCAGCCAUGGCCCAAGCUUUUACCCCUUCUGGCCCGCCCACCAUGACUGAUCAGCGAUUUCAACCUUCAAUUCCACUUCGCCCUCAAUCUCAGAUGCCUUCUGUUCCUUUGGGCCCUCCACCUCAAGGUCUAUCAAGCUUCAUGGCUCAAAGACCAGUGAACCCACCACCUCCAUCAUUUCAAAACCCUACUCUUCAAUCAAGUGGACCAGUUUCUCAGCCAUCGAUGCAAGCUUUCUCUGGUCUACAAGCUAGUGCACCAGUUUCAGCGCCCCCAACCUUUCAAGCCAGACCAGCUGGUUUUUCUCAGCCUUCACCUGUGAUUGGAUCUCAUGGCUUGUACCCUAGAGAUUCUGCUACUCUUGCCCAGCCUAAUCAACCGUUUAUUGGGGGGCCUCAUGGUUAUUACCCUGGAGAUUCAGUGCCACCAAGUGCAACAGGGCGUCCUAUAGGAGGCAUUCAGGGUUUAGCCGAAGAAUUCGAGUCAUUAACUGUGAACUCAGCUCCUGGAUCAAGGGAUGCAGGGCUUGAUCCCAAAUCACUUCCAAGGCCAUUAGAUGGGGUUUCAGAGCCUGCUCCUUUGUAUCCUCAAAAUUGUGAUCCCAAAUUUCUCAGGCUAACAACCGCUGUAAUACCCAAUUCGCAGUCUUUGCUUUCGAGAUGGCAUUUGCCCCUUGCUGCAGUGGCUCAUCCUCUUGCAGAAUCUCCUGAUGGGGAGGAAGUGCCUAUUGUCAAUUUUGGGACUUCUGGGAUUGUUCGAUGCCGAAGGUGCCGCACUUAUGUGAAUCCAUAUGUUCACUUUGCAGAUGGAGGAAGGAAGUGGCGUUGCAACAUUUGCUCGUUGCUUAAUGAUGUUCCCAGCGAUUACUUCGCCCAUUUGGAUGCCAAUGGUGUGCGAGCCGAUAUAGAUCAACAUCCUGAGCUUACAAAGGGAAGUGUGGAAUAUGUUGCUCCCACUGAGUACAUGGUUCGGCCUCCUAUGCCACCGCUAUAUUUUUUCCUCAUUGAUGUUUCACUAUCGGCUGUUAGAAGUGGUAUGCUUGAGGUUGCAGCUAAGACCAUAAAGUCCUGCUUGGAUAAAUUGCCUGGGUUUCCCAGAACCCAGAUUGGCUUUUUGACGUUUGACAGCAGCUUACAUUUUUAUAACAUGAAGUCAUCAUUGACGCAGCCUCAAAUGAUGGUGGUGGCAGAUUUAGAAGACAUAUUUGUACCAUUGCCAGAUGAUCUUCUCGUUAACUUGUCAGAAUCAAGAGGUGUUGUGGAUGCAUUUUUGGAUAGCCUGCCUUCCAUGUUUCAGGACACUGUAAAUGUAGAAUCUGCUUUUGGUCCUGCUCUCAGAGGGGCUUAUAUGAUUAUGCAACAACUUGGAGGAAAGUUGCUGGUCUUCCAAAGCACAUUGCCAUCCAUUGGUGUUGCUGCUCUAAAACUACGAGGGGAUGAUCCUCGUGUUUAUGGAACAGAUAAAGAACAUACACUUCGGAUAACUGAAGAUCAAUUCUAUAAGCAAAUGGCUGCAGAUUUGACCAAAUAUCAGAUUGCAGUGGAUAUUUUUGCAUUCAGUGACAAAUACACUGAUAUAGCUUCAUUAGGAACACUUGCAAAAUAUACGGGCGGCCAGGUUUAUUAUUAUCCAUCUUUUCAUUUAGGCAUUCAGGAAGAGAAAUUCAGACAUGAUUUGGCCAGGGACCUUACCAGGGAGACGGCUUGGGAGGCUGUUAUGCGCAUAAGAUGUGGAAAAGGGAUCAGGUUUACAACUUACCAUGGUCACUUCAUGUUAAGGACCACAGAUUUAUUGGCCCUUCCAGCUGUAGAUUGUGAUAAAGCUUUUGCAAUGCAAUUUUCUCUUGAGGAGACGUUAUUGAAUACCCAGACAGUAUACUUUCAAGUUGCUUUGUUGUAUACAUCAUCUUCUGGUGAGAGACGUAUCAGAAUUCAUACAAUUGCAGUUCCAGUGGUAUCAGAUCUUGGAGAGAUGUAUCGGCAUGCUGAUAUUGGGGCUGUUACCUUAGUACUGGGUAGGCUUGCAAUAGAAAAAACGUUGUCCAGUAAGUUGGAAGAUGCACGCCAAUUUAUACAGUUGAGGAUUGUUAAAAGCCUUCGAGAAUAUCGGAACCUUUAUGCAGUUCAACAUCGAGUGACUGGGAGGAUGAUAUUCCCUGAAUCACUAAAACUCUUGCCUCUGUAUGGACUGGCAUUGUGUAAGUCCAUACCUCUUCGUGGAGGACAUGCAGAUGCAUCACUUGACGAACGCUGUGCUGCUGGUUACAAUAUGAUGGUUGUGCAUGUUCAAAGGUUAUUGAAGCUUCUCUAUCCCCACUUGAUCCGGCUUGAUGAAUACCUGAUAAAGGGACCUCCAAAUGCAGAUGCUUCUGGGGAAGUAUCAAAAUUGUUACCUUUGAGUGCUGAGAGCUUAGAUCCAAGUGGCUUGUAUAUUUAUGAUGAUGGAUUUCGCUUUGUUAUUUGGUUUGGCAAAGUUUUGUCCGCGGAUAUUGUAAAUAAGUUACUUGGACCGGAGAUAUCUGCCUUUGCGGACCUAUCCAAGGUCAAGAUUAGGGAACAGAAUAAUGAAGUGUCGAGAAAACUUAUGAGAGUAUUGGAAAGGAUGAGGAAGGGCGACCCAUCCUUUUAUCAGCAUGGCCUUCUAGUUAGACAAGGGGAGCAACCAAGAGAAGGCUCGUUGCUACUACUUAAUCUCAUUGAAGAUCAGAUAGGGGGGACAAGUGGCUACCUGGAUUGGAUGGUGCAGAUGCACCGCCAAGUCCAUCAAAAUGUUUAGAGGUUUUUGUUUUUUAAAUCCCAUCCAUUCUGUUUGCCUUUUAUCAGUCCGAUUUUCACUCCAGUUUUGUUCAUGACACAUAUUGGUUGCUUGCCCCAGAAAAAGGAGGAGAAAAUGAUUCCCAUAAUGAACAUUACCCGAAUAUCCAAAUCUUCAGGUGUCUUGGUGCUCUUGGGUUUUGUUUUAAUUUUAUUUUUGUAUUUUUGUUCUCCUUUUGCUCAAGUUAGAGUUAAUGAGUUCAUUGGAUUGUCUUUUGCCUUUUGAUGUGCCUCGAUUUUUUUUUCUAUAAAUUAUGAGAAAAGUGAUGAAUAAGAUGAGUUGUAUAACUCUGUUAAUAAGGGUGCACAUGAGCUUUUCUUUCCUCAC